UAUGCCUCUGGUUUGCGUGUGAGGUUCAACCGCCAUUAAAGUCAAUAUCCAGUCAAUACGCUUCUUCUUCUCAAAUUCGCAAAAACUUAAUCAAAAUUCAAAACACACAAAAUUUCUCUACCUCGUCUCCUAUUUUCUUCAUCAAGAUGAGAUUGAGAUGAGAAAAUCCAAAAACUUCCUCCAGAAUCUCCUCAAACCCUUCACAUCCACCUCCAAUAGAGAUCAAGACGAAGACGAGUUAGGGAGAAUUGCAGAGCGAGAGCAGAAAAACUUUCACUUCGAAGCCCUUGUUGCAGCGACUAAGAAUUUCCAUUCCUCUCAUAAGCUUGGAGAAGGGGGUUUUGGCCCAGUUUAUCAGGGGAAAUUGAGUGAUGGGAGAGAAGUAGCUGUGAAGAGGCUGUCACAGAGAUCUGCUCAGGGGAAUAAGGAGUUUCUGAAUGAGGCCAAGCUGUUGUCACGUGUGCAGCACAAGAAUGUUGUGAAUUUGUUGGGAUAUUCGAUUCGCGGUGAAGAAAAGUUGCUUGUUUACGAAUAUGUUGCGAAUCAGAGCCUUGAUAAAUAUCUUUUCAAGUCUGACAAAAAAGCAUUACUAGACUGGAACCGAAGGCACGAUGUGAUAAUUGGUGUUGCGAAGGGCCUGCUCUAUCUUCACGAACAAGCUCAUUGUACCAUCAUUCACCGAGACAUUAAAGGCAGCAAUAUCCUACUAGAUGAGAAAUGGGUUCCCAAGAUUGCCGACUUUGGCAUGGCUCGCCUUUUCCCAGAAAAUCAAACACAUGUUCAUACCCGUGUAGCUGGUACCAAUGGUUACAUGGCGCCAGAGUAUCUCUUGCAUGGCACCCUCUCUAAAAAAGCAGACGUUUUCAGCUUUGGGGUUGUGGUUCUUGAGCUAAUCAGUGGAGAGAAAAACUCCACUUUUGCCCGAGAUCCUGAUUCUGAUAGCCUGCUUGAAUGGGCGUAUAAGCUUCAUAGAAAGCAAAGGAGCUUUGAGAUCAUGGAUCCAGUAUUGGUGUCAUCAGCAGAUAUGGAACAGAUACCAAUCCUCGUUCAAAUCGGGUUGCUCUGUGUCCAGUCUGAUUCCCAAGCACGGCCAGAUAUGGACCGUGUAGUGGUGCUGCUGUCAAGAAAGCCAAGACAUCUUGAAGAACCGGGUAAACCAGGAGUACCUGGGUCAAGAUUCAGGCGAUACCGUACAGGAACCGCCUCAUCAGUCACCGGGAACUCUGAUGGGUCGAGUUCAAGAUCCUUUGGCUCCACACAGACACGAAGCGCCUCAUCAACUGCGACUUCAUCGAGCAUUGCAAAUACGCGUUUACAUCGGCAUGGAAAGCGUCCAAUUCAAGAUUAGAUUGUAACAUUCUUUCGUACAUAAAUUAGUUUGCAUUAGUUUGUUUUGUGUAAAUUUUUGAGGGAAGAUAAUUUAUCUUCUCACCCUUCCGGCUCAAAGCCUAACUGACGUUCUGCUGGUGUAGAAGAGAGAGAUGAUUGGUAUUUUUACAUAGUAUUUAUUAUUUUGGAUUGUUA